CAUCAAAAAGUAAACAGACUUGUUUUGAUCUGUCAAAAAAUCAGGCGACUGUGGCUAAGCUAGCAAUUCCCCGAACGGAUUUGGUUGCUUUGUGAUCAAACUGUGUCAAUGUACAACGUGUUUUGAUUGACGAACACGGGGAUAUCGUGCAGUCGUUGGUAUCCUUUAAAAAAACGCUGUUUUUAUAUUGCGUUACAUCACCUAACAGGCUAGUGAAGUUAGCUUACUUGCUAUUGUUAUUUAACGUUUAAACGGACUUGACAUUCGCUGACAGCAUAGUGGCAGGUCGACAGACUGGUGUAUUUAUGUAACUUUACCCUUUUGGUUAUUUAUAAUUGCUCGGUAGACAAGUAAAACGCGUGUAAAACUUGGUAGACAGCAGUAUCAUAAAAUAGCUAACCGUAACCACCCUUCUGUAGCUGCGAGCUGUCCAGUUUCAGUAUCCUCAAAACCGAAAGCAUCGUUAUUCGUAACAAACAUGGGAAGAAAAAGUUAGAAUUAUGUUAAAACUAGAUAAAUAAAAGAAAUGAAGCCGAAACAUCCGUACCCUGUCAUGGCUGAGCAAGGACAGCUGAGCCCAAUUGGAGGACGCGCUGCCUCUUCAGGCCGCCGGGGCCGACAGACCUUCAGAAGUUCAGCCCAUUUCUGCAGCCUGCUGGACGGCCUGCUGGCUCUCCGGCAGGGCGGCAUCCUGUUUGAUGUGGUGCUGCUGGUGGAGGGGCGACCCAUUCAAGCCCACCGCAUACUGCUGGCAGCCUCGUGCGAUUAUUUUAGGGGAAUGUUUGCUGGAGGCCUUCGGGAGACACAGCAAACAGAAAUCGCCAUUCAUGGAGUCACUUACAUGGCCAUGACAAAAAUACUGGACUACAUCUACACUUCUGAGAUUGAGUUAGACCUGGAGUGUGUGCAGGAAGUCCUGAUAGCUGCCACUCUAGUACAGCUCGAGGUUGUCACUGGUUUUUGCUGUGAUUUCCUCUUCUCCUGGCUGGACGAGAGCAACAUUUUAGAGGUCUAUAAUCUCGCUGAUCUCUACGGACUGCAGCAGCUUAUUGCCAGGGUCCACUCCUACAUGCUCAGGAACAUCGAGACUCUUUCUCGCACCGAUGUGUACCGGCAGCUCCCCCAGGAUGUGGUGUUCAGCGCGCUGAGCAGUGACGAGCUGCAGGUGAACAGCGAGAACGAGGCGUACGAGGCGGCGCUUCACUUCCACUACAGUCCCAUGCAGGUGGAAACUGACCAGGUGUACUUGCAGGUCAGUCCUAAGGACAAUCUGAAGAUGCUCGAUGCCGUGCGUUUCUGCCUGAUUGAGAAACAAGUGUUGAAGAGGCUGUACGGCAGACUGAACCAGUGUCCGUUGAAGGAUUCUGUGUCCGCCGCCCUCCGGUACCAUGAACAGGAGAUCUGGCAGCCCGUCCUGCAGAGUCCUCUCACCCAGCCACGCUCCACCUUCAACUGCAUACUGGGAUUCGGGGGGAUGUUCACCUCCAGCUCCCUCACAGACAACGAGCAUUUGUUCCAGCUUUUCCACCCGAGCUGGGGGGAGUGGAGGACACUCACUGCAGACCACGGCCCUCGGAUGUCUAACCAGGGCAUCGCGGUGCUCAACAACUUUGUCUAUCUGAUCGGAGGAGACAAGAACACCAGUGGGUUUCGUGCAGAGACUCGCUGCUGGAGGUACGACCCUCGUCACAACCGAUGGUGCGCCAUCCAUCCUCUGCAGCAGCAGCAUGCUGACCACUCCAUCUGCGUGAUGGGCGGCCAUAUUUAUGCCAUUGGAGGACGGGACUAUAGCAACGAAUUGGACUCAGUGGAGCGCUACAACCCACACACUGACAUGUGGGAAUUUGUGUCACCCCUAAAGAGAGAGGUUUACGCCCACGCUGGAGCAGUGCUUGAUGGGAAAAUGUAUAUCACAUGCGGGCGCAGAGGGAUGGCGUACCUCAGAGAGACCUACUGUUUCGACCCUGGGGCCAAUCAUUGGUCAGCGUGUGCGGAGGGGCCGGUGGAGCGCGCGUGGCACGGCAUGACGGCUGUUAAUGGACGCAUCUAUGUUAUUGGUGGGAGCAACGAUGAGCGCGGCUAUCGGCGGGAUGUCCUGAAGGUUGCAUGCUUUGACCCUGAGGCUAACUCCUGGUCUUUAAUGACCCCCCUCCCCGCGGGACACGGAGAACCCGGCAUCGCCGUGAUGGAAAGUCGCAUCUACGUCCUGGGGGGACGCUCUCACGACAAAGGCAACAGGAUGAAAUACAUCCACGUGUACAACACCGACGCAGAUGAGUGGGAGAGCGAGGCGGACUUUAAGGAGCGUGUCUCCGGCCUGGCAGCCUGCGUGGUGCUCAUGCCCCCCGCUGUGAUUGCACAGGCCAGGAGCUGGGAGCAGCGCACCAAGGCAUCAUGGGAAGACGUGGAAAUGGACAACUCGGAGGACUCUAGUGAGGACUGAAGCAGCUGUUUGUCAAAGCACUGGAAACUGUCAUGCACUUUUUCUUACACAGCAUGUUGAAGUACCUGGGGGAAUUUUCUCUCCUUGCAUCGGGUCCUUCCUGCACGUCGAUCACUUUGAGUGCCUCUUAACCAAAGAGUCACUCGGGACCUUUACACACUGUUUGUUAUUUUGUAAAUAUCUUUUAAGAUAAUCAUGCUCCGCCCAUGAAUUCAGGCUAAAAAUGCACUGUCACUAGCUUCUCAUUUGUAGCUACCUCUUUUUUAUUUGUCAUAUAGAAAAUAUCUUAAACAUACAGAAGGCAGGGAAGGCUAGCCUGGUAAUACCAGCCUGUUUGACUUCGCUUCUCUCCGGCAUACAGUCUGGAACAGUGUCAUUGGAUUUGGAUUACUGUAAUGGGUAAAAUCAUUGGAGUUCCCUUAACCAAAGCCCGUCUACGGAAAGCCCCUUCACUCUCUAUUCACCCCCAUUGUACCGAAUUUGGCUGCAGUUCACCUAGGGGGCGAUCGCGGGCGAGUGCAGAAUACAUGGACCCCUAUGGAGCUAGGCGGCUAGCUACAUCAUUCUCCUAGCAUAUCGUCUACAAAAUCCAAAAUACUACUGUGGUUUCCGAGAGGUCGACAGGGAUUUUUCGUCAAAAGUGGAAUAAUCUGGGGGUCAUAGCCUUUUGUUUUCUUACAGGUUGGGCAGUUGCGACCCAGGUUCUGCUAGCAUCUGGCUAAUGAAAGCCGAUUGGUCAAUGAAGAACUCACGACUGGUUACGACCGAAGAAUACGCUUUGUGGUACCUGUCCACAGAACAUCAACAACGCCAGAGAACUUUUAAUAUUGACGUAUAUUCCGUAGACGGGCUUUGGUCCCACGGAGCCAAAUCAGCUGCGAUCGUAUGCAGCUGUUGCUGCGAGGGAAAGGAAAGGGAAGGAGAGACACAAGGUGCCGUAAAGCAAUUUAUCACGCAUGACGUCAUCCGAUUUACAAAAACCUAAUUUUAGUCAAAAUCAAGCGAAUAUAAAAUACUAGCUAUGUGUCGUUUGUGAGGAUUAUCCAUUCCAUGUUUAAAAAACUAUAGCAGUGAUUUAAAAAAAAAUUAUAUCCAAAGAAAUGUAGGAAUCUAUGGGUGGGGCUCCAUAGGACCACAUUCAUUCUGCACUGGCCCACCAGCGCCCCCCAGGUGCAGUACCAUACCGGAACGGUUUUGAGAGUGAACGUUCUCGUCAAUAUUAAAAGUUCUCUGCCUUAACCAAUCACGGACGUUUGGUAAUGACGUAUGUUAUGCGCCGAAGGGCAGGCUCUGACCUGACGCUUCCUACUUCCACUUUCACAGUAGUAAACAAAUCGCUAUCUGCGAGCGUGGCUGUCAAAAUGGCUGUCAACGACAUGUGUCGAUGUUGUCAAUGUAACCUAAGUUCGGUAAUUUCUUCAAGAGUUGAAACAACCGAGCGGAUAGCUAGUAGCGUCUCUUCCUCCGUCGCCAUACUUGAACUACAGACUAGACUGCAAUUCAAACUCGGCACCAACUUCGACGUAAUCGCUCUCAACCCCUCCCCCUGUUCGCUGAUUGGACCGAUAGGAUUCUAAGUUCCAGUAAUCGUACGUAAUGAGUUCUUGCCCAGUCUCACUUACAGGAGCCAAAUUAAAUUGGGCGGAAAUACGUAGGCUGGUAUUGCCAGGCUAAGUGAAGGCCACUGGCUGUGCAAUAUUAUGGUAAUAUAAAUGGUCUAAAUUAGCUUCAGACUUCAGAGAUUUACAGGUAAGGAACACCUUUUAGCUGAAUUGUUAACCACAGAGAGUUAAAAAACACUUCUCAAAUAUGUGAAAUGUAAAUCUACUCGCAGCUUCUGAUUAUUGGCAACAACUGCAAAGAAUUUAUCUGCUCAUCCAAACUACUGAGUAAUCCUUAGGUUGUUACAUUCUAACAUUGUGCCUUGUUUACUGGUUACAUCCUGACCUUGUGUUGUGAAGUGUGUUUUUGUUCCAGUAUAAUGUGUGUGGAUGGAGUUGAGCCUUAGUAACUGUGCCUCCGUCAUCGUUAUUAGUUUAAAAUAAUGACAUGUCUGAUGAGCCGCUGGAGUCCCAGGUUGUAGAGUGCAGCUCACAAUAUGCUCCCACGUCUGUGAACGAUUUAGGAAGUCUUGAUUUUUGUGUGAUGAAAAAAAGUCCUUUCGAUGAUCUUCCAUACUGUAUCAGUUAUUCUGGCACUGAGUCCAAAGAGCACAAUAGGGAGAGGUUUGAGAAUAUUUCCAUCUACUCAGUCGAACUUUGCUCCAUGCGUUUGCUUGUUGCCGCAGUUGUUCGGUACACUGUUUAUAACAAACAUUAAGAAGCUUCUGUGUGAAUCCUUAACUUCUAUGUCAUUAAAAAUCUCCAGGUAUGAGUCUG